UUUGUUCUUCCUUGUUUCAGCUCAUCUUUGGAUGCUGCGGAUGAAGAUGAGGAUGAUGACAAUUCAUCAGCAAGUAGUGAAGCACUCGGCUCUAGAAAGAGGAGGAGAAAGACAGAGCGAAAGCUUGAAGGUUUUGUGAAGAAUUUGGUGACAAAGGUGAUGGAAAAGCAAGAGCUGAUGCACAGACAGUUAGUGGAAAUGAUAGAGAACAAGGAAAGGGAAAGGAUAAAGAGAGAAGAAGCUUGGAAACACGAGGAGAUGGAGAGAAUCAGAAAAGAUGAAGAAGCUAGAGCCCAAGAGAGGUCCCGCAAUUUGGCCCUCAUAUCCUUCAUUCAGAAUCUGUUGGGCCAUGAAAUUCAGAUCCCCCAACCAGUAGAAGAAGCAUGCGGCAAAAGAGAAGAGGAUGAAGUUGAGGUGAAUGCACAAAAGGAUUUGAAUAAUGACUCAAGUAACAACAGAUGGCCUGAUGUUGAAGUGCAAUCACUGAUCACUGUGAGAACUUCAUUGGAGCACAAGGUUCGUCUAAUGGGGUCCAAAGGGUCAAUAUGGGAGGAGAUAUCUGAAGCAAUGCAUGGCAUGGGAUACAAUCGCUCUGCAAAGAAGUGUAAGGAGAAGUGGGAAAACAUCAACAAGUACUAUAAAAGGACAGUAGGGAGUGGCAAGAAAAGGCGUCUCAAUAGUAAAACGAUUUGCGGUGGUGGCAGCUCCAAAGAAAGAGGAAGGUCGGCGGUGAAAGGCGGGAUGCCAUCAUCAUUGAAACGCAGAAACUGCUCAACGCCGGUUUCAUCCGGGAAGUCAGGUACACUACAUGGCUGGGAAACGUAG